UCAAUUUAGUUAUCUCGCUCUAAUCUACCAUCAUGUCAACGAAAGAAUCUGGUGAUGAUCAUCACCAAGAGACACUGUGUUGUCAGCUUGUUAAAUCUCAACAAAUAAUGCUAGGUAAGCUUGUUGAAUCUCAAAGCAGGCUUGUUGAAUCUCAAAGUAGGCUUGUUGAAUCCCAGGAACUGAUGUUUGAUAAGCUUGAUGCAAUGCUCUGUAAACUCGUUGAAUAUCAAGUAAGUAUUCAACCACAAAUGACACAGACUUCAAGAAAUACUAUUGAUGCUAAUAGUAAUCAUAAACAAGGAGAAGAAGGUGAUAUAGUUGGCGCAAAUCCAUCAUCAGAAGACGUGGUAAGCGGUGGUGUAGAAGAGAUAACACAGGUAUAUGAUGAUGAUGAUGAUGAUGAACAAAGGAAACCACUUGAAGCUGAGGAAGACGAUCAUCGGGAGGAAAAAUUAUAUAAAGACCUUAUGAUUGCAUUCAACCAGGAAGAUUUUGACCCUAUAAUAACAAUCUUCGCAUUAAGGCAGGCAGCAGUGGAAGGUGAUUGGGGAAAGGCUAGGAAAAUCCUUAAACAGUAUCCUACAGCAAUAAAAUAUCUGUGCACAUAUCGUUCACGAGAAACAGUAUUGCAUGUAGCUGCGGAACAUGAGCAUGAGGUGUUUGUAGAGGAAGCACUUAAACUCAUGCCGCUUGAACUCCUUGAAUUUCGUGAUCAAAGACGGGGAUUAACAGCAUUGCAUAUUGCUGCCAUAGCUGGAAACUUAAAAAUUGCUGAGAUGCUAGUAACAAAGAAUCCCCGUGUGAUCCAGAUACGCUCUAUAAAAGGAACUCUACCACUCGAAGAGGCUGUUUUAGCUUUUACAACUGGACAAAGGAAAACAGUUGAGUAUCUUUACUCUGUAACUAAGAACGUGGAACCAAGUCCAUUUACUGGGAGUAAGGGUGCUAGGUUAUUAGUCAACAUAAUUGAUGCCGGCUUCUACGAUAUAGCAACCUCAAUCGUCUGGGAAUCUCCAGAACUGGUCGAUGAGAUUUCUCCAGAACAUGGUGCGUGCGGAUUGGAGUGGAUGAUACAGAGGCCUUUUGCAUUUCUUAGUGGAUCAAGGCUGACAUGGUGGCAACGCUGUAUCUAUUCAUUCAUUCAAGUUGACAAGGAGAACACAAAAGAAGAUCUUUCCAAGUAUUCUGAACCGUCUUUUGAAUCUAGUGAAAUGACAGAUAUAGAGAACUCUCCGGAGUACUCAGAAAACACCAAAGCAGCGGAGAACACUUUAGAGAAAUUAAAAAUCUUCUUCUCAUCAAAAAACCAGAGAUUAAAUGUCUUCUUCGCAUCAAUAAAAGAGAGAUUAAAUGUAUUCUUUGCAUCAAGAAAAGAGACAUUAAAAGUCUUUUUCGCAUCACAAAAAGAGAUAUUAAAAGUCUUCAUCUCAGUCUAUCUAAUGCCUUACUUAACACAAGUGCCUCGUAUCAAACAACUGUCCAACCAAAAGUUGAUGCACAAACAAGCCGCUACAUUACUUUUUGGUAUGUUGAACCUGCUCCAUAUGGAGAACGGCAGAUCUGACGUAGAAGAUUUUUUUGGCGCUAAUCCAAACAUCAUAAAGACAGCUAUAAGAAAUGGAACUGUGGAAUUUGUAGCGACGGUUAUACAAGACUUAAAGUAUCUUGUUUGGUGCGAGAUAAAGGGGCAAACGAUGAUACAAGUGGCAAUUGCUGAACGAAGUGAUGUAGUUUUUAAUCUACUGUGUGAAAGUAUCGGAGAACAGAAGGCUACUAUACUCUCUAGAGAUUAUGGAGUUGGUAACACUCUCUUGCACGAUGCUGCUAAGUUAGCACCUUCCGUUCAACUCAAUAAAGUUUCUGGAGCUGCUCUUCAAAUGCAACGUGAGGUACAAUGGUUUAAGGGAGUAGAAAAUAUCAUACCAGAAAAAAAUAGGUUCAAGAGGAAUAAAGAAGGAAAUACAGCUCAGUCUAUCUUUACAGAAAAACACAAAGACCUAGUGGAGAAAGGAGAGAAAUGGUUGAAGGAUACAUCUGGCUCUUGCAUGGUCGUAGCUGCGCUUGUUGCUACCAUAGCAUUUGCAGCUGUUUUUACUGUUCCUGGAGGCAAUAUUAGUGAUAAUACUAGCACUAAGAACGGCAUUCCAGUGUUUUUGGGGAAACCCGCGUUUACAAUCUUCGUGGUAGCAGAUGCCUUAUCUCUAUUCUCAUCUAUAUCAUCAGUACUUAUGUUCUUAGCCAUAUAUACUUCUCGAUAUGCAGAAGGGGAUUUUCUCAAGUCCUUGCCACAAAAGUUGAUAAUAGGUCUUGCAACCCUGUUCCUAUCAAUGGCCACAAUAUUGGUAGCUUUUGGUACAGCAUUGUUUAUCAUGCUUGUUGAUCAAUACUUGUGGGUUCCAAUUUUGUUAGCGUCAUUUAGUGGAGUUCCCCUGAUCUUAUUUGCAUGGUUGCAGUUACCACUAUUCCUAGAAAUGAUUCGUUCCACAUAUUGGGGUACCCUGUUUUGGGAACAUAGAUAUAUUGAACCUAGUGUUGGGAAAACGGACAAUGGGAAGAAGAAGAACUGAGUCGGGAAAAAUUGUUGCCAGGUCGUUCAUGUCAUAUUAAGUAAGGUUUUGUAUGUAACUUCGGACAUCUUGAUUCUAAUGUUUUAUGUACUU